AUGAGUUCAGACCAGGUUUUCAAUUUCAUUAUUGAAUUCAUCAGAAGUGUCUUCAGCCAUUUUGAUGUUAUUGCUGCUGCUGUUGUUGCUGCUGUUGUUACUGCUGUUAUUACUGCUAUUGUUGCUGUUAUUACUGCUGUUGUUGCUGCUGUUGUUGCUGCUGUUAUUACUGCUGUUGUUGCUGCUGCUGCUGCUGCUGUUACUGCUGCUGCUGCUAUUGCUGCUGCUGCUGUUGAUAUUACUGUUAUUACUGUUACUGUUAUUGCUGUUACUAUUAUUACUGUUGCUGUUAUUGCUGUUACUGCUGCUGUUGAAUGA